GGUACCACGCUUCUGGCAGACACUUGUCAGGGGGUGCCACGUAAGGUCGCCAGGUCUCCCCCGGGGCCUCCUGCUCUGGGGACGGAGCCCCGGCCGCCUACUCGUGGCUGCUGCUAGCCGGGCGCCGGGGCGGACGGCGGGGCCGGGCUCCGGACAAGCCCCAGGGCGCCCAGCUUAGAACACAGCUCGCUGACGCCCCGGCCUUUCCUAAACAGUCCGUGAGGCCGGGUCUAGGAGGAAGCCUCUUAGGAAAGUCCCCACGGGCUGAGGGGACCAACUGCUGAAGCUGGCACGGUCGUCUCGGGAGCGACUUCUCCUGUAAUGGCGCCUGCGUCAAACACUAACAUGGCGGACUAGUUCGUGCGCGGCGCAAACGUCAGCACCUCUACCCCAGCGGCUCAGAAACAGCGGAGGAGAGCGGGGCCGUGCUCGCUGAUUGGCUCGUGGCUGGAGCGUGCCCGGCCGGACGCUCCCCUUCCAGCCAAUAAGGAAAGGGAUAAAAGGAAUUGGCCGCUGCGCCUCCUCCAGAUGCAUGCUGGGAGCCUGGAGGACUAGCGAGGAGGAGUUGAGAGAACGGAGCGGACGCCAUGGCGGCCGACAUCGAGCAGGUUUUUAGGUCUUUCGUGGUCAGUAAAUUCCGGGAAAUACAACAGGAGCUUUCCAGCGGAAGGAGUGAAGGCCAGCUGAAUGGUGAAACAAAUGCACCCAUUGAAGGAAGCCAGACAGGUGACCCAGCUGCCUCUGCAAGGAGUCUCCCAAAUGAAGAAAUAGUACAGAAGAUAGAGGAAGUCCUUUCUGGGGUCUUAGACACAGAACUACGAUAUAAAACAGACUUGAAGGAGGCCUCCAGAAAAAGUAGAUGUGUAUCUGUACAAACAGAUCCUACUGAUGAAGUUCCUACCAAAAAGUCAAAGAAGCAUAAAAAGCACAAAAACAAAAAGAAGAAAAAGAAGAAAGAAAAGGAAAAAAAAUAUAAAAAUCAACCAGAAGAAGCUGAGUCCAAGUUGAAAUCUCAUCAUGACAGGAAUGUUGAUCUAGAGUCUGAUUCCUUUUUAAAGUUUGAUUCUGAACCUUCAGCAGCAAUGGCACUGGAACAUCCUGUAAGAGUAUUUGGCUUAUCUGAGGCCCGUGAAACCCCUUUAGUGCUAGAACCUCCAAUAGGAUCAUUGGAGGCUCAGGAGUCACACGUUUUAGAGACUUUGAAGCCUCCUACAAAAACUGCAGAACUGUCUGUUGGAUUUACAUCAGUAAUCCCAGAGCAACCUGAGCAGCCUGUGUCAGUUACGAUGGAACCCUCAACGACCAAGAGUCUGGAUUCCUUUGCAGCAGCACCAGUGCCUACGUCAACAGCAGUGCUGAAGUCACCUGAGCCCGUUGUAACAAUGUCAGUGGAGUAUCAGAAGUCUGUGCUGAAAUCUUUGGAGACUACGCCUCCAGAGAUAUCAAAGACCACGCUGGUAGAGCUUCCCAUAGCAAAAGUGCUUGAGCCACCAGAAACCCUCAUGAUAGUAUCAGAGAUACCUACUGAGGUGCACCCUGAACCAAGCCCAUCAACAAUGGAUUUUCCAGAGUCAUCUACAACUGAUGCACUAAGAUUGCCAGAGCAGCCUGUAGAAGCACCGUCGGAGAUUGCAGAGUCAUCCGUGACAACACCUCAGGAGUCAGUGGAGCAGCCUAAGACCACAGCGGUGGAGCUGCAGGAGUCGUCGGUGGCCUCAGCGCUGGAGUUGCCGGGGCCACCUGCGACCUCCAUGAUGGAGUUGCAGGGGCCCCCUGUGACUCCAGUGCUGGAGUUGCCUGGGCCCUCUGCCACCCCGGUGGCAGAGUUGUCAGGGCCCCUUUCCACCCCAGUGCCUGAGUUGCCAGGGCCCCCUGCGACAGUAGUGCCUGAGUUGCCGGGGCCCUCUGUGACACCAGUGCCACAGUUGUUGCAGGAAUUGCCAGGGCCUCCAGCACCAUCCGUGGGGUUGGAGCCACCACAGGAGGUACCAGAGCCGCCUGUGAUGGCACAGGAGUUGCCAGGGGUGCCUGCAGUGUCAGCGGCAAUGGAAUUGACAGGGCAGCCUGCAGUAACAGUAGCAAUGGAGUUGAGCGAACAGCCUGUGACGACGACAGAGUUCGAGCAGCCCGUGGCGAUGACAUCGGUGGAACAUCCUGAGGUGACAACAGCAACAGGGUUGCUGGGGCAGCCGGAGGCGAUGGUGCUGGAGUUGCCAGGACAACCAGUGGCAACCACAGCUCUGGAGUUGUCUGGGCAGCCUUCAGUGACUGGGGUGCCAGAGUUGUCAGGGCUGCCUUCGGCAACUAGGGCACUGGAGUUGUCAGGGCAGCCUGUGGCAACUGGGGCACUGGAGUUGCCUGGGCAGCUCAUGGCAACUGGGGCACUGGAGUUCUCAGGGCAGUCUGGGGCAGCUGGAGCCCUGGAGCUUUUGGGGCAGCCCCUGGCAACAGGGGUGCUGGAGUUACCAGGGCAGCCUGGGGCGCCAGAGUUGCCUGGGCAGCCCGUGGCAACUGUGGCGCUGGAGAUCUCUGUUCAGUCUGUGGUGACAACAUCGGAGCUGUCAACGAUGACCGUGUCGCAGUCUCUGGAGGUGCCCUCGACGACAGCGCUGGAAUCCUAUAAUACGGUAGCACAGGAGCUGCCUUCUACAUUGGUGGGGGAGACUUCUGUAACAGUAGGAGUGGAUCCCUUGAUGGCCCAAGAAUCCCAUAUGUUAGCUUCUAACACCAUGGAUACCCAUAUGUUAGCAUCCAACACCAUGGACUCCCAAAUGCUAGCAUCCAACACUAUGGAUUCUCAGAUGCUAGCAUCUAAUACCAUGGAUUCGCAGAUGUUAGCAUCUAGCACCAUGGACUCCCAGAUGUUAGCCUCUAGCACAAUGGACUCCCAGAUGUUAGCAACUAGCUCCAUGGACUCCCAGAUGUUAGCAACCAGCAGUAUGGACUCCCAGAUGUUAGCAACCAGUUCCAUGGACUCCCAAAUGUUAGCAUCUGGUGCUAUGGAUUCUCAAAUGCUAGCUUCUGGCACCAUGGAUGCUCAGAUGUUAGCAUCUGGUACUAUGGAUGCCCAAAUGUUAGCAUCUAGUACCCAAGAUUCUGCUAUGAUGGGUUCAAAAUCUCCUGAUCCUUACAGGUUAGCUCAGGAUCCUUACAGAUUAGCUCAGGAUCCCUAUAGGUUGGGUCAUGACCCCUAUAGGUUAGGGCAUGAUGCUUACCGGUUAGGACAGGACCCCUAUAGGUUAGGCCAUGAUCCCUACAGACUAACUCCUGAUCCCUAUAGGAUGUCACCCAGACCGUACAGAAUAGCACCCAGGUCCUAUAGAAUAGCACCUAGGCCAUACAGAUUAGCACCCAGACCCUUGAUGUUAGCCUCUAGACGUUCUAUGAUGAUGUCCUAUGCUGCAGAACGUUCCAUGAUGUCAUCUUAUGAGCGCUCUAUGAUGUCUUACGAACGCUCCAUGAUGUCUCCCAUGGCUGAGCGCUCUAUGAUGUCAGCCUAUGAGCGCUCUAUGAUGUCAGCUUAUGAGCGCUCCAUGAUGUCACCUAUGGCUGAGCGCUCUAUGAUGUCAGCUUAUGAACGCUCUAUGAUGUCAGCUUACGAACGCUCCAUGAUGUCCCCUAUGGCUGAUCGAUCUAUGAUGUCCAUGGGUGCCGACCGGUCCAUGAUGUCAUCGUACUCUGCAGCUGACCGAUCUAUGAUGUCAUCAUACUCUGCAGCUGACCGAUCUAUGAUGUCAUCUUACACUGAUCGAUCAAUGAUGUCUAUGGCAGCUGAUUCUUAUACUGAUUCUUACACUGAUUCCUAUACGGAGGCAUAUAUGGUGCCUCCUUUGCCUCCUGAAGAGCCCCCAACAAUGCCACCAUUACCACCUGAGGAACCACCAAUGACUCCACCAUUGCCUCCUGAGGAACCACCAGAGGGUCCGGCAUUAUCUGGUGAACAGUCGGUAUUAACAGCUGAGAAUACUUGGUCUACAGAGGUGACAUUACCUACUGAAGAAUCUGUAUCACAGCCUGAGCCUCCUGUGAGUCAAAGUGAGAUUUCAGAGCCUUUGGCAGUACCUGCUAAUUAUUCAGUAUCAGAAUCUGAGACUUCAAUGUUAGCAUCAGAGGCUAUUAUGACUGUUCCAGAGCCUGCACAGGAGCCAGAGUCUUCAGUCAUAUCAACACCAGUUGAAUCUGCUGUUGUAGCAGAACAUGAAAUGGUUACAGUGAGACCAGUGACUUACAUGGUUUCUGAGGCUACCAUAUCAGCUGAACAAACUGUGCUAUCAGAGCCUUCGGUUAUGUCGGAGACAUCGGAAACAUAUGAUUCCAUGAGACCAUCAUCAGGACAUGCUAUUUCAGAGGUAUCUAUGUCCCUCCUGGAGCCAGCAGUAACUAUUUCACAGCCAGCAGAGAGCAGUCUGGAGCUUCCGUCCAUGGCUGUUCCAGCACCUCCCACUAUGACUACCCCAGAAUCUCCUGCUGUUGCCGUCCCAGAACUUUCAGCUGUGGCCAACCAAGAACUUCCCAUUAUGGUUGUUCCAGAAACCCCCAUUGUGGCUGUCUCAGAACCUCCUGCUGUGACUGCCCCAGACCCUUCUGCUAUGACUACUCCAGAACUUUCCUCCAUGCCUGUCUUAGAACCUCCUGUGGCUGUCCCAGAGGUUCCAGCUUUGGCUGACCCAGAGCAUGCUACAACUGCAGGGUCAGGUGGUUCUUCCCUGGAGCCUUCCGUGCCUAUCUUGGAACCAGCAGUAUCAGUCGUUCAACCUGUUAUGGUUGUUUCAGAACCAUGUGUUCCUGUCCAGGAACCUACUGUGGCCAUUUCAGAACCUGCUGUCACAGUUUCAGAGCAUAGUCAAGUAAUAUCCCCGGAGAUGGCUUUAGAGCCUUCACCACCAAUAGUGGAGUCCAGUGUUUUUUCAUCACAUGUCAUAAAAGAAAGGAAUUUACUUUCUGGUGAUCAAAGUUUUGGUCCAGAGGUUGGCAUGCAGGAGAUUCUGUUGCAUUCAGGUGAAGAGCCACAUGAUGGAGGGCACUUGAAAAGUGACUUGUAUGAAAAUGAAUAUGACAGAAAUACAGACCUUACUUUAAACAGUCAUUUAAUUGCUAAAGAUGAUACAGUGUGUUCCGCUGCCAUUGGUUCUGUUGGUGAAGCAAGUGAAGAGAAAAUCAUGCCUGUUGAGGCUAAGGAAGUCACAGAAUUGGAUACCUGUCUUGCUGUCAGUGAAGCUGAUGCAGGAAGAAGCCUAUCUUCUCAACUAGCUCUGGAACCAGAUACAACGGGAACUAGUAAGGGGUUGGAAUUUGUUACAGCAUCUGUUCCCAGUUUAGAUAGUAAAUAUGAUGGUGAUGUAUCUUUAACCACUCAAGAUACUGAACAUGACAUGGUAAUUUCCACCAGCCCUAGUGGUGGCAGUGAAGCUGACAUAGAGGGACCUUUGCCUGCAAAGGACAUUCAUCUUGAUUUACCAUCAGCAAAUCUUGUUUGUAAGGAUACAGAAGACUCAUUGCUCAUAAAAGAGAAUGACCAGACAGUAGCAGUUGCUCUUAGCCCUAAAGAAGGCAGUGAAGAUAAAGAAGUACCUCCUCCCAAUAAAGAAACAGUUCCUGAUUCAGGAUAUCCUGCCAGCAUUGAUGAGAUUAACGAAGCUGACUUAGUGAGACCAUUACUUCCUAAGGACAUGGAACGUCUUACAAGCCUUAGAGCUGGCAUUGAAGGACCUUUACUUGCAAGUGAAGUUGAACGGGACAGAUUGGCUGCCAGUCCAGUUGUAAUUAGUAUACCAGAAAGAGCCUCAGAGUCGUCUUCAGAGGAAAAGGAUGACUAUGAAAUUUUUGUCAAAGUUAAGGACACACAUGAAAAAAGCAAGAAAAAUAAAAACCGUGACAAAGGUGAAAAAGAGAAGAAAAGGGACUCUUCAUUAAGGUCUCGGAGUAAGCGCUCCAAGUCUUCUGAACAUAAGUCACGCAAGCGUACCAGUGAGUCUCGUUCUAGAGCAAGGAAGAGGUCAUCUAAGUCCAAGUCUCAUCGUUCUCAAACACGUUCACGAUCACGUUCAAGACGCAGGAGGAGGAGUAGCAGAUCAAGAUCUAAGUCUAGAGGAAGGCGGUCUGUAUCAAAAGAGAAACGCAAAAGAUCUCCAAAGCACAGGUCCAAGUCCAGGGAAAGGAAAAGGAAAAGAUCAAGCUCCCGGGACAACCGCAAAACAGUUCGGGCUCGGAGUCGAACUCCUAGUCGUCGCAGUCGGAGUCACACUCCUAGUCGUCGGAGAAGGUCUAGAUCUGUUGGUAGAAGGAGGAGUUUCAGCAUUUCCCCAAGCCGAAGGAGCCGCACCCCCAGCCGAAGGAGCCGAACCCCUAGCCGAAGGAGCCGCACCCCCAGCCGCAGGAGUCGCACCCCCAGCCGCAGGAGUCGCACCCCUAGCCGAAGGAGCCGCACCCCCAGCCGCAGGAGAAGAUCAAGGUCUGUGGUAAGAAGACGAAGCUUCAGUAUAUCACCAGUCAGAUUGAGGCGAUCAAGAACACCUUUGAGAAGAAGGUUUAGUAGAUCUCCCCUUCGUCGUAAAAGAUCCAGGUCUUCUGAAAGAGGCAGAUCACCCAAACGUCUAACAGAUUUGGAUAAGGCUCAAUUACUUGAGAUAGCCAAAGCUAAUGCAGCUGCCAUGUGUGCUAAGGCUGGUGUUCCUUUACCACCAAACCUAAAGCCUGCCCCUCCACCUACAAUAGAAGAGAAAGUUGCUAAGAAGUCUGGAGGAGCUACCAUAGAAGAACUAACGGAGAAAUGCAAACAGAUUGCACAGAGUAAAGAAGAUGAUGAUGUAAUAGUGAAUAAACCUCAUGUUUCGGAUGAAGAGGAAGAAGAGCCUCCUUUUUAUCACCAUCCCUUUAAACUCAGUGAACCCAAGCCUAUCUUUUUCAAUCUGAAUAUUGCUGCAGCAAAACCAACUCCACCAAAAAGCCAAGUAACGUUAACAAAGGAAUUUCCUGUGUCAUCUGGAUCUCAGCAUCGGAAAAAAGAAGCCGAUAGUGUUUAUGGAGAAUGGGUUCCUGUAGAGAAAAACGGUGAAGAAAACAAGGAUGACGAUAAUGUUUUCAGCAGCAGCUUGCCCUCAGAGCCUGUGGACAUCUCAACAGCAAUGAGUGAACGGGCACUUGCUCAGAAGAGACUCAGUGAGAAUGCAUUUGACCUUGAAGCCAUGAGUAUGUUAAAUCGAGCUCAAGAACGGAUUGAUGCCUGGGCUCAGUUGAACUCUAUCCCUGGGCAGUUCACAGGAAGUACAGGAGUGCAAGUCCUAACACAGGAACAGCUGGCUAAUACUGGUGCCCAAGCCUGGAUUAAAAAGGAGUACUGGCAGCAGCAGCUGAAACUGGGAGGCUGCGUGGUCUCUUGGAUUGGGAAGGUUUCUUUGUCCUGCUGUACUCCUGACUCCUUGUGUGAUCGUGGGCAAGUAAUUCCUUGGAAUUUUUGUCUCCCAAGUGUCAAGUGGUGGGAGACAGGUUCUUAUUAAUGUCUCCAACAAUGGUAAUCAGUGAUGUGAUGGGCAUCUUAUUACUUGUAGAAUUGGAAUGAGUGCUACUCAUGGAUGAGCUGAAGUUUUCAAAAAAGAAAAUUUUGGUUGCUUUGGACAUUUAAUAUCAUAACAGUUUUAUAGCAAGCAUUUCCUGUGGUUCUCUUAUUAACUAAUUAAUAUAAGGUAUUUUACACAACUUCAUUGUGCUUGCCUUUCCCCUGUUAAGAAAGUUGCACGCAUAUGUACCUAGGCAUUGGUUUUGGGUGGAAAAGGGAUUAUCUAGCAAUAUUUUUAAUGAUUAGAUUAAUUUUAUAUACUAAUACUUCAUAUAAAUUAUAGAAGUUGAUAGUUGAAAAGUAGAUUUCAUUUUAGUGGGGAGGAAUUGUUUACUUUUUUUUGACACUGGGCAUUAAAACUGGGGCCGUCAGUUUUAGGUAGUAAGCAAGUUUUCGAAAGUCACACAUUCAGUCAUGUUUCAUUUAUUUGGUUCCGAAGCUCAGUGUUUGGUAUUUAUGAGUAUUUAUGCUUGUAAUAGUUCAUGUGCAUUGCCAGGUAGAAGCUUCUGGAAGGUUUUCCAUUGUGAAAUGUGCUGCUCUCUGUGUAUGUGUAAAGAGCAGAUAAACAUAAGUGAAUUUCCAAGGUGAGUUUGCACUUAAGUGGCUCCCUAACACCGUCUCAUAAAUAGAUUUGUGCUGUUUUUCAGCUUGUAAGUAGUUAUUGUUUACUAGAACCUUGAAAAUGAUUUAGCUUUACAUUUUAUAUAGGAUAUAAUCUGGGAAGCAAAUUCUUACAUUAUAGAAGGAAUCAACAAUAGCAAAAUGAUCGUAUUGUGAAUUACUGGGUAGAGUAUCUGGAUGGAAACUGGAGGAGCAUUAUUUACGAGUCAUUUUUCAAACUUUUUCUACACCCAUUGUGUUUAGGAAAUGUUGAAAUGGCCAUUUGGCUUUUCUUGGCCCAGCACUGUCACCUAUUAAAAACCAUAGGGAAUACCAACUAAUAAAUACCCUGUGUUCUUUAGUUUGUUUCAUUUAUAAUCUCAUUUAUCAGUAAGACAUUUAAAACUUCAUUAAUUUUAAUGGACCUUUAUGUUCUCAAAAUUAUUUGGGUUUUAAUUUCAUAAAAAAUGUUGGUUAUUGUGGUCUCAUUAGAUCAAGAUAGCUUUUUACACUGGGUAAAGAGGCAGGUGCUAAUAUAGCAAACAAAAGUGGAAAACUGGGCUACAUGGGGAUUUAUAUUGUACUCUGUCUGUACAGUUGCCCUUUUUUUUAGGAGUGUUACCUGGAAAAGAGGGGAGAUGAACCUGAAGUAAGUAUAGUCAUUCUAGGUGUGUAGCAUCAAGGCAGUGGAGACCCAAGCAUCAGCUAACUUUUCUCUUUAUACAUCCACAAUGCAUGGCCUGCACCAAAUAAGGAACUGAACCAGGGGUAUGUUUUUACCUCCACAGCUGCCUCCUUCCAUCAGAGCACCUUGUUGAACUUAAUGUCUAGUCAUAUGUCCUUGGCAUAUUUUCUCCCCAACAUUUAAUUAUAAAGCUGGGAAACAAAGCUUAUAUAUUUUACUGCAGUGUACAAAAUAUAACUUUUAAGGAUCAGCUUACUGAGAAGGAAAAAGAAUGCAUACCUGCUUGCUGAGCUACUAAACAUUUGACUCUGUAAUGACUUAGAAUAUAUUUGGCAGAGAAUAUUAAUGUAAAAUGUUAUAAUAAUCUGAAAUAAAACGUUUAGAGAUGCUUCAAUUAAAAAGGAAAAACCCCACCUAGAUCAACAGCAGAAUUCAUAACUGAUAGAAUGUGCAUUGAUACCUAUUUCAAGAGGCACUGGCCAUUUCUCAGCUGGAAGAUCCAAGACUGCUGACCGUGCUAAUGCACAUAGUUGUGCAGCUCAGGACAUUAAGUGGUUUGCUGCUUUGAUGGAAAUUAUGGUUCAGUGGGUUGGAUACGAGAGAGAUGAUUGUUCACAGAAUAACCUGUGAACUUUCACCCCUCUGUAUGGAAACUUGUUUCAGGGCCAAAUCCUUGUAGCUGUCUUCUUGCCCCGGUCAGUGCCAGCCGUACUAUUCACAACACUGCUGCUACCGAGGCCUAGGUAUGUAAACAUUUAAGGAGUUUUUUAAGUCUCUUAACAUCAAGCCAGGUUUUAGAAGCAUUCAGAUUUGGUAUACUCAGGGUAUCUGAUGUGCUUAUAACUUACUACAUGUUAAUUUAUUCUGUUUAUAGGGAUUUUUAAAAAAUUUGAUACUUGCUUUAUAGUAGAAUGGGGAAGAAAACUGGAUGACAACUGUAUGCUUCUUCAGUGUUCAAACUAUUUUAAAAUAAUUUCUAGGCUUUAUUCAUAAACUAGGUAUACCUGAGAUAAUAAUAUUGACUGUUUUAACAUUGCCUUCUUUUUAUUUUACAAGCUAAGAAGAGAUACCAGUGAACCUAAAUAGUGGACGAAAACAGGAGUGCUCUUUUUGUUGUUGUUUUUUUUUUGGAGGGGGGCACCGAGGGGCAACUGUUAAAAUUGCCAUUUGACUUUCAAGUGUUGGUAAUUAUUACUAGAACAUAAGCUACAGAAUGUACUAAGCAUAGUAGAGUUUCAAUUUAAUGGUACUGAUCUAGAAGUAAAGGAAGAUUUAACUUGUAGUUCAGUUCUAACUGUAAAAUGGGGGCCUUUUCCCUUUUUUUCUUUGGAUAGGAUCAGUUUUUAAGAGCAGCUCCAGUAACUGGA